AACUAACUUUUCUCUCAAGAUCAACUCGAACGCUCGCUUUCCAUCACCCAUUCACUCUGUCUGUGUCUGUCUCUCUCUUCUCUCACACUCACUCAUGGCCUCCUCCUCCGUCUUCAACCUCGCCCUCCUCACCUCCUUCCUCCUCGUCCCCUCCCUCUUCACCGCCCCCAACCUCGCGCAAGCCCAAGCAGGAGCGACCGACGAGGCGGGCCUGAAGCUGAUGACGUCCGACCCGGCAAUGGAGUGGCCGGGCGCGAUCUCUAUGUACGACGGCUUCUUCGGCGAGGGCGGCGGGGACGGCGCGGGCGAGGAGAUCGAGGGGGAGCCGGGCCGUCGGUCCCUGUUCUGGCACACCAUAAUGAGGUACUACAUAUCGUACGGGGCGCUGUCGGCGAACAGGGUGCCGUGCCCUCCCCGGUCGGGGAGGUCGUACUACACCCACAACUGCUUCAAGGUCAGCGGGCCGGUCCACCCGUACAACCGAGGCUGCUCGAGGAUCACUUUUUGCCGGCGAUGAAGAUGGCCCGGUUCGAUCGUGACGACAUUGUGUUUUUCCAUUUGGGUAUUUCUGCAUUCACAAGUCUUGUGGAUGUCCUGUUUCUGAUCUCGCCGGAGAAGUUCUUUUUUUUCUUUUUCUUUUUUUCUUUUUUGGUGUCAGAAUCUCGCCGGAGAUGUUGCUAGCUGUUCUUGUUGUCUGUUCUGCGGUAGAUCGGUGCUGCGAAAAUGUGUUUUAAUCUGCGUUAUGUUGGGACUUGAGAUCUACUUAGGCAGCAUUCGUAUUAAACCUGAGUUUAGAAGUA